AUGACGAUAUCCAAUAAUUCCCCAACUAGCCCCGACCAAACGCCGAUGCAUCCAAUCGAGGGAUGGCUCCCCAUAAUUUUCUUCUUCGGGAUUAUGUUCGUCCUUUAUGCGAUUCUUGCCAUCCCAGAGGAUUCAGAGGACGUACAGUCGGCAAGCAGCACAAACUCUGAGACUAACGAUAUGCAGCGGCUAGACUCAAUAGCUCCGCCGAGGACGUAUAAGCAAGUGAAAAUGGAGAUGAAACUUGAAGGCACAGGGGAGCAUUUGGCCCGGCCCGACUCAUUUGUCACUUGUGUUAUAUGCUUGGAGGCGAUGAGGGACAGCGAUACCGUCCGCCGCUUAUCGUGUAGACAUAGCUUCCAUUCGGGUUGCAUUGCUUCAUGGUAUCUGACGCACCAUUAUACCUGUCCUCUGUGUAUAUCGCGCUAUAUACCAGUGGACCUUAGAACUGAGCGAUGA